AUGGGGAACAAGCAAACCAUAUUCACAGAUGAGCAGCUGGAUGCUUACCAGGACUGCACUUUCUUUACCCGCAAAGAAAUCCUCAGGCUUCAUGGCAGAUACCAUGAGUUGGCUCCUCACCUGGUUCCAAUGGACUACACCAACAACCCUGAGUGCAAAGUCCCCCCGGCUCUGAUCGUCAACAUGCCCGAGCUCAAGGAAAACCCGUUCCGGACCCGGAUCGUGGAGUCGUUCUCUGAAGACGGAGCCGGGAACCUGAGCUUUGACGAGUUCGUGGACAUGUUCUCGGUGCUCAGCGAAACGGCUCCGCGGGAACUUAAAGCUAUAUACGCCUUUAAGAUCUACGAUUACAACGUGGAUAACUUCCUGUGCAAAGAAGACCUGGAGAAGGUCCUGAACAAGCUGACGAAGGAGGAGCUGACACCAGAGGAGGUGACGCUGGUGUGUGAGAAGACCAUCGAGGAGGCGGAUCUGGACGGAGACAAUAAACUUUCCUACUCUGACUUUGAGAACAUGAUCUCCAGAGCCCCGGACUUUCUCAGCCCGAACCUGGUCUCACCAUACCAUCGUACUCACCAUACCAUCGUACUCACCAUACCAUCGUACUCACCAUACCAUCGUACUCACCAUACCAUCGUACUCACCACACCAUCGUACUCACCACACCAUCGUACUCACCAUACCAUCGUACUCACCAUACCAUCAUACUCACCAUACCAUCGUACUCACCACACCAUCGUACUCACCAUACCAUCGUACUCAUCACACCAUCGUACUCACCACACCAUCGUACUCACCAUACCAUCGUACUCACCAUACCAUCGUAUUCACCAUACCAUCGUACUCACCAUACCAUCGUACUCACCAUACCAUCGUACUCACCACACCAUCGUACUCACCAUACCAUCGUACUCACCAUACCAUCGUACUCACCACACCAUCGUACUCACCACACCAUCGUACUCACCACACCAUCGUACUCACCAUACCAUCGUACUCACCACACCAUCGUACUCACCACACCAUCACCAUCGUACUCACCACACCAUCGUACUCACCAUACCAUCGUACUCACCAUACCAUCGUACUCACCACACCAUCGUACUCACCACACCAUCGUACUCACCACACCAUCGUAAUCACCACACCAUCGUAAUCACCACACCAUCGUACUCACCACACCAUCGUACUCACACCAUCGUACUCACCACACCAUCGUACUCACCAUACCAUCGUACUCACCAUACCAUCGUACUCACCACACCAUCGUACUCACCACACCAUCGUACUCACCAUACCAUCGUACUCACCACACCAUCGUACUCACCACACCAUCGUACUCACCAUACCAUCGUACUCACCACACCAUCGUACUCACCACACCAUCGUACUCACCACACCAUCACCAUCGUACUCACCACACCAUCGUACUCACCAUACCAUCGUACUCACCAUACCAUCGUACUCACCACACCAUCGUACUCACCACACCAUCGUACUCACCACACCAUCGUACUCACCACACCAUCGUACUCACCACACCAUCGUACUCACCAUACCAUCGUACUCACCACACCAUCGUACUCACCAUACCAUCGUACUCACCACACCAUCGUACUCACCACACCAUCGUACUCACCACACCAUCGUACUCACCACACCAUCGUACUCACCAUACCAUCGUACUCACCAUACCAUCGUACUCACCAUACCAUCGUAGUCACCACACCAUUGUACUCACCACACCAUCGUACUCACCACACCAUCGUACUCACACCAUCGUACUCACCACACCAUCGUACUCACCAUACCAUCGUACUCACCAUACCAUCGUACUCACCACACCAUCGUACUCACCACACCAUCGUACUCACCAUACCAUCGUACUCACCAUACCAUCGUACUUACCAUACCAUCGUACUCACCACACCAUCGUACUCACCAUACCAUCGUACUCACCACACCAUCGUACUCACCAUACCAUCGUACUCACCAUACCAUCGUACUCACCACACCAUCGUACUCACCCACCAUCACCAUCGUACUCACCACACCAUCACCAUCGUACUCACCACACCAUCGUACUCACCAUACCAUCGUACUCACCAUACCAUCGUACUCACCACACCAUCGUACUCACCACACCAUCGUACUCACCACACCAUCGUACUCACCACACCAUCGUACUCACCACACCAUCGUACUCACCAUACCAUCGUACUCACCACACCAUUGUACUCACCAUACCAUCGUACUCACCACACCAUCGUACUCACCAUACCAUCGUACUCACCAUACCAUCGUACUCACCACACCAUCGUACUCACCACACCAUCGUACUCACCACACCAUCACCAUCGUACUCACCACACCAUCGUACUCACCAUACCAUCGUACUCACCAUACCAUCGUACUCACCACACCAUCGUACUCACCACACCAUCGUACUCACCACACCAUCGUACUCACCACACCAUCGUACUCACCACACCAUCGUACUCACCAUACCAUCGUACUCACCACACCAUCGUACUCACCAUACCAUCGUACUCACCACACCAUCGUACUCACCACACCAUCGUACUCACCACACCAUCGUACUCACCACACCAUCGUACUCACCAUACCAUCGUACUCACCAUACCAUCGUACUCACCAUACCAUCGUAGUCACCACACCAUCGUACUCACACCAUCGUACUCACCACACCAUCGUACUCACCAUACCAUCGUACUCACCAUACCAUCGUACUCACCACACCAUCGUACUCACCACACCAUCGUACUCACCACACCAUCGUACUCACCAUACCAUCGUACUCACCAUACCAUCGUACUCACCAUACCAUCGUACUCACCAUACCAUCGUACUCACCAUACCAUCGUACUCACCACACCAUCGUACUCACCACACCAUCGUACUCACCAUACCAUCGUACUCACCACACCAUCGUACUCACCACACCAUCGUACUCACCACACCAUCACCAUCGUACUCACCACACCAUCGUAUUCACCAUACCAUCGUACUCACCAUACCAUCGUACUCACCACACCAUCGUACUCACCACACCAUCGUACUCACCACACCAUCGUACUCACCAUACCAUCGUACUCACCAUACCAUCGUACUCACCACACCAUCGUACUCACCAUACCAUCGUACUCACCAUACCAUCGUACUUACCAUACCAUCGUACUCACCACACCAUCGUACUCACCAUACCAUCGUACUCACCACACCAUCGUACUCACCAUACCAUCGUACUCACCAUACCAUCGUACUCACCACACCAUCGUACUCACCACACCAUCACCAUCGUACUCACCACACCAUCGUACUCACCAUACCAUCGUACUCACCAUACCAUCGUACUCACCACACCAUCGUACUCACCACACCAUCGUACUCACCACACCAUCGUACUCACCACACCAUCGUACUCACCACACCAUCGUACUCACCAUACCAUCGUACUCACCACACCAUCGUACUCACCAUACCAUCGUACUCACCACACCAUCGUACUCACCACACCAUCGUACUCACCAUACCAUCGUACUCACCAUACCAUCGUACUCACCAUACCAUCGUAGUCACCACACCAUCGUACUCACCACACCAUCGUACUCACCAUACCAUCGUACUCACCAUACCAUCGUACUCACCACACCAUCGUACUCACCACACCAUCGUACUCACCACACCAUCACCAUCGUACUCACCACACCAUCGUACUCACCAUACCAUCGUACUCACCAUACCAUCGUACUCACCACACCAUCGUACUCACCACACCAUCGUACUCACCACACCAUCGUACUCACCACACCAUCGUACUCACCAUACCAUCGUACUCACCACACCAUCGUACUCACCACACCAUCGUACUCACCACACCAUCACCAUCGUACUCACCACACCAUCGUACUCACCAUACCAUCGUACUCACCAUACCAUCGUACUCACCACACCAUCGUACUCACCACACCAUCGUACUCACCACACCAUCGUACUCACCACACCAUCGUACUCACCACACCAUCGUACUCACCACACCAUCGUACUCACCACACCAUCGUACUCACACACCAUCGUACUCACCAUACCAUCGUACUCACCACACCAUCGUACUCACCACACCAUCGUACUCACCACACCAUCGUACUCACCACACCAUCGUACUCACCAUACCAUCGUACUCACCAUACCAUCGUACUCACCAUACCAUCGUAG